AGGCGAUUAGAGCUGCUGGUUCAGCAUGCGGUGCGCUAGCCCCGCUGCCGUGAUGGCAUUUUGUGCUGGGCUUUGGGUCUCGAACCCGGUGCCGGCCCAAGGCCAGCAGGCGUGGGGACGGCCGGAGACUGACUGUGAAGUGUGUAAAGAAUUCUUGAACCGAUUCUAUAACUACUUGAUAGCCAAAGGAGUUCAUUUUUCACUGGACACUAUAGAAAACGAAUUAAUCAGCUUUUGCUUGGAUACCAAAGGAAAAGAAAACCGCCUGUGCUAUUAUCUAGGAGCCACAAAAGAUGCUGCCACCAAAAUCCUAAGUGAAGUCACGCGCCCCAUGAGUGUACAUAUGCCUGCAAUGAAGAUAUGUGAGAAGCUGAAGAAAAUGGACAGCCAGAUCUGUGAGCUGAAAUAUGAAAAGAACUUGGACUUGGCAUCUGUGGACCUGCAGAAAAUGAGAGUGGCAGAACUGAAACAGAUACUGCACAGCUGGGGUGAGGAGUGCAGGGCUUGUGCAGAGAAAACCGACUAUGUGAAUCUAAUCAAAGAACUAGCACCCAAAUACACAGCAGUGCACCCCAAACCUGAACUCUGAU